AUGACACCAUCAAGUCUUAGAUUCAUCGCAAAUUACAAAGAAAAGACCUCGGGUAAAACUGUAGAGAAACAGGUUGAAAGUGUACAAAGUAACCCAGUUAUCGUUAUUACAAAUGAGUCUCAAUGGGCCGAGGCUGCAGGUAAACUUUUAAUCGCCGAUGCUUUCAACUCUAAAGACGAGAUCCCAUGGGAGUUAUUUGCAAAUAUUCUUCAAAGUCAUAUUUUAACAGCAACUCAUCAAUCAUCAGAGAUCAAGAGAAAACUUCACAGUUGGGAAUUCGAAUAUAUCCAAAAGUUUUAUUUCGAUGGUAAAGCCUCAAUUAGCAAAUCCAAAUCAAUCCAUUUUAAGAGACAUAUCGAGCCAUUAUGGUCAUCUGGUUCAAUCUAUGGUUUAAUCACUAAAUCUGAAUGUAACAGUUUCCUAACCAAUCUCCCAGAGGGUUCAUUCUUAAUUCAUUUUAGUGAUAGUGUUCCAGGUUCGUUCGCUGUCGCUUAUGUUACCAAUGAUGAUUCUGAACCUGUUAAACAUUACCUUGUCAAACCUGAAGAUAUUGGUGCAAAUAAAACUCUUCCAGAUUUCCUUCGUGAACGUCACCAAUUCAAAACUCUUUAUCAAGUUGAUCCUUCCAAACGUUCACUUCAUCCAAAAAAUAAAGAUACUGAAUUAGAACCAUUUUAUUCAAAGAGAAUUAAAAUAAAUGCAAAUGCCAAUCCUGGUUAUGUUAGUGGUUUAUAA